GUGAGUUCUGAUUCAUCCUGGGGAACUUGAAUCGAUAAAGAAGGAAAUAAUUAGAGAAGUAAAAAGACACAGCUAACCAUGCUAGCAUACUGCUUCUUCAUCAUGUCGGUCAAUGAGGGAAAUGCGUGGGCUCUGCGACGGGCCAAGGAGAGAGAACAGAUGAGAUUGAGCGGUGAUACCGAGCAGGGUAGUCUUUCCUCGAUGAAAAGUGUUAAAACGAUCUCGCCAGAACUAGGCAAAUUGGACUUCGAUUCCGACCUCGCUCUACCAAUGCCAAAUCCUCGCACUGCUCGAGCCAACUCAAUUGUAAACGACACUCCCCCUAGCUUGCCUACCAGUGGAAGCGGGAGUGGAAGUCUCUGGAGCAGAGGCAUUGCUAAGAAACGCUCGUUCACUGAACCGGGUCGUUUGACAGCGGCGGCAGCAUCAACAUCAGCGACUGGUGAGAGAAAGUCGGAAAAGAAAUCAACCUUCAAGGCUCUCAAGGCCAAGCUCAGUUUCAAGGACCUAAAGAAGGAGUUUCGCAAGGAGGUCCCACCGGCAAGUACGAUGCCGAAAAUCACUAUCCUCCGGGAUGAUUCUUCUUCUUUAGAUUCUUUCGCUGCAAAGGGGAACAAUUUCGAAGUCGAGAGGCUGUACACUCCCAGACCUAGGGUGAUGGAGGUGAGUUCGGGGUCAUCGUCGCUAUCACGGAAGUCAAGUGUGAUACGGUUGGAUGAUUGUUUGAAGGAUUUCGAUAAGGCGUCGGAUUCUUCUGUGCGUACGCCCAUGAAGGAUGGUGGUGGUGGUGGUGGUGGUGGUGGUGAAGGCGCUAGAUUCAAACAUUCGCUCAUCCACAGCAAUCAAGCAGAAGAGGGACAUACUUCGACUCUGCUCGAUGCCGUUCUCCUGAGCGGAUCGUCACCAGCUGCCCGUACAGGAGAGUUCAGAAAUAGCAGACUGCCCGAGGUCGUCAGUACACCUCAACGCGCAUGCAGUUAUGCAGCUGAGCCAGCGUCUCCCAAGAGUGCGGCAUCCACGGUCCGCGAGAGCGAAGCUGCACGCACGUACUCCCCAUCGGUGUAUGAGACGAUCUUGUCUGAUAGAACGUCCGACCUGCCACGUCGCGAUCACGGGGUGACCAGUAUAGAGGAAGUCAUUUCGCUCACGCCAACCCGGGACGGUGACUCGUCCGUCAAGAAAGGUUCCGACACCCGUCUGUCGAAAUUGGCGUCUCCUGCGUCGACGUUCCACGCUGGUCCUGAUGGCUCGUCUAGCGAAUACGUUACCACUCAGGUCCCUGUCGAUAGAGCGCAGCUUCUGGGUUCCACUGGUCGGGGUGGCUUCGCCCCUACGCCACCAGACCCAGGUUAUCAAAACACGGCGGCGCUGGAGGAGCAACUUGCUUCGCACGUAGAGCAGCUCCAUUUCCACGUGCAGCAUGCGGCCAGUAAACUCGUCAAGACGUUCGAGGACAAAAACGCCUGGCACAUGGACCAAGUUCUUCGCCAUGUGGACACGAUGGUUGACCUAGCUCAGGCCAUCAACAAGAAAGCAGCUGCUCAGACUGAGCUACUGAAGGAGGCACAGACGGCCGUUGCGGAUGUCAGGGCUCAUAUCGACACGCUGCGACGCGAAGUGCGCGUCAUCAAGUCGAAAAUCAUCACUGCCAUCCACGAGGAAAUUGGCAAGCUCAGGUACGACCUCCAAGAGGAGGGUAAGCUUGGCCCUGGCAACCCAGCAUCUGAGGGCAUCUUGACCCCCAGUCCUGGGCUGCAGGGCCCGUCGAUUCCUUUGAUGGUGAACCGAGACUUGAGCGCGCAGGAUGAUGGGAGGGACAAGUUGCUGCCGAGAACAGAAGAUAGGAAGUAUGGUGAGAUGAAGAAGAAGCACGAGCAAGAGGAAAAUAAAGAAAGAAAACAAGCAGCCCCGUCGAGCGUGUUACGCAGUGCCAGUCUUGUGAAUAGCUCGUCCUCCGCUUACCUGAGCGUCAGAGACCACCAUCACCAAAUCACUGAAAAGCGAGUUGCCUGGAAAGAUGACUAUGAGGACACUUCAGGAUCCCCCACUCCCAAAGCAUCUACUUUUCUCGAUCUGCCCGACCUGCUCGUGCCAGCAAUCGAACAAGCCGAAGCCUUACUCACAUCUGCUGCACAGCCCAAGAUGGACAAACCUGCACCCAAACGCAGCUUCUUCAACCUACUUCGUCACCGUGACAAUGACAGUAACGCCAGCCGCACGCAGGAGAACAAACCUCAACCUGUCGACAACAACAAGGCACAGGACAAACUUACCACCCCCAAUCCAAAUCCCAGCCACGAUCCAAGCCUGGACCCCAGCACCAUCCACCCAGUCCUACGCACCCCCGAGCAAAGCAAAAUCCUCGCCGAGCGCGACCUCGAACGCAUCCGUCUCGAGAAGCACCAGCUAGCCAUGCUGACAACUCCAAGUCCAACGCCCGCUCGACGUCCCGGCGUGCUCAAGCUAUCGAAAUCUCACUCUUCAAUCGGCGGUGCUGGCACUUCUACUCCUGAUAGUACCUCCUCCUCACCUCCUACUCUGCACGGCUGGCCUCUUCCAGACGUUUACAAGAAUAGGUUGCCUGCUGUGCCAUCUCGCAGCUUGAACUCAACUCCCCAGCAGCAGCAGCAGGGCUUCGAUAACCCGUACCCGAUUUUCAGACAUCCUGUUCCGGCCUCGACUGCGUCUGGCUCUAUUGGUUCUACUACUACUAAUACUACUCCUGUCGGGCUAUCGCCUUCGCAGGGUAGUACUGGUAGUCGUACUGGUGGACCCCCUCCAAGACCUCGUCGUCCGCCUCCGCUUCCGCUUGAGCUGAUUUCCUCCAAUACCACUACUACUACUGUUAGUCUUGGACGGAAGAGAGAGGGGUCUGGUAGACAUCGGAGUGGGACGUUGGAGAGGGUCGACGAGUGA